AUGAUAGCAGCAAGCCAGAGCAGCGGCAGCACUCGCCAACAAAAACACAAGCAGCAGCAACAAAAGCAGCAGCAACAGCAGCAACAACAGCAGCAGCAGAAAAAGCAAGAAGAGCAGCAGCAGCAGCAAGAAGAGCAGCAGCAGAAGCAACAACAGCAGCACGAGAGAAAUGUAAGAAAGCCAUGGGACAGAACGAGCAGCAGCAGCAGCAAGCAGCAGCAGCAGCAAGCAGCAGCAACAGCAAGCAGCAGCAGCAGCAAGCAGCAGCAGCAGCAGCAGCAAGCAGCAGCAGCAGCAGCAGCAGCAGCAGCAGGACGUACCUGA